AUGGAUGCAAUCGUAAUAAAUGUCGAUAAUAUAAUAGAACAACUGUUGAAGAAACCUACUUGGGAAGCAAUGCAAAUAACGGAAUCGGAAGUACGUGGUUUAUGCUUGAAAUCCCAGGAGUUAUUCUUACAGCAACCUAUUCUCCUCGAAUUAGAGGCCCCAUUAGUCAUAUGCGGCGAUAUACAUGGUCAAUACUCAGAUCUCUUGAAUAUAUUCGAACUAUGUGGCUUUCCUCCGAUAGCCAAUUAUCUAUUCUUGGGCGAUUAUGUAGAUCGCGGGAAGCAAUCAUUGGAAACAAUUUGCCUGCUGCUAGCUUAUAAAAUCAAAUAUCCCGGGAAUUUCUUUAUGUUGCGCGGCAAUCAUGAAUGCGCUGGAAUUAAUCGUUUCUAUGGAUUUUAUGAUGAAUGUAAACGAUAUUAUAAUGUAAAAUUAUGGAAAUCGUUUAUAGAUUGUUUCAAUUGUUUGCCACUGGCUGCUAUCGUUGAGGAAAAGAUAUUCUGCGUCCAUGGCGGUCUAAGUCCCGAUUUGCAUAGUAUGGAUCAAAUACGACGUUUGGUACGUCCUCUUGAUAUACCCGAUAACGGCUUGUCGUGCGAUCUGUUAUGGAGCGAUCCAGACCGAGAUGUGCAGGGCUGGGGCGAAAAUAGUCGCGGAGUAAGCUACACAUUUGGCGUGGACAUUGUAACGGAAUUUUUAAAUAAUCAUCAUCUGGACUUAAUAUGCCGUGCGCAUGAGGUCGUCCGAGAUGGUUAUGAAUUCUUUGGUGGCCGUCAAUUGGUCACUUUAUUUUCUGCUCCUCAAUAUUGUGGCGAAUUCGAUAAUGCUGGCGCCAUUAUGACGGUGGAUACUAAUCUACUAUGUUCCUUUCAGAUUCUAAAGCCCUCUAGAAUGAAAUUUAAAUAUUUGUGCAACGAAAUGAAUUCAUUACUUUUGCCACCGCCACCACGUAACGCUACGCUUCUAUCAACGAAUGCAUUUAAUGAUGACUAUUUAAAUGAUAUAGAAGAUGUCCCGAUAUCGGGAGUGCAGGCCAUCAUACCCGCGACCAAAAACGAACAAGUUUAA